GACCAGACAGCUGUCACGUACAGGAUCCCAGGACGACUGACAGAGAUAAGAACUCCCGGUAUGGACUCAGGUAUGAAGCUGGUGGUGGUGCUCAUGGUGUUGCUGCACCAGACAUCAGCUGUGGUGAGACGAGAUGACAGUCUGCGGUGUUUGGAGUGCCAUGGCGCCAAGUCUCCCCUCGCCUGUAACCAGUGGGCAAUAUGCGGACAGGAAGAGAUCUGCUACACUCGGGAAUACACUGACAACAACGGGGAACGGGAGUUUCACAUGGGUUGUGAGGAAAAGACGAGAUGUGAUUUGUACCUGAAUGCUCAAUCCGUCCUCGGUAUCCUGGGGCGAAGGGAGGUCGAUGAUUUGGACCUAGAUAAUGAGCCUUCACCACCCCGCCCUUGCUACCAGUGUUGUACAGAGAGUGACUGCAACAACCGCCUAUGUCUGGAUUCUCUGGGGACACAGCCAGGGGCUGGGAACUCAGGAACCGGCUCCCACACCUGUCCCCCAACGUUCAUCAGCGGCCCCCACAGCUGCUACUACGUCGCCAGCUGGCCACUCACGUGGACAAAGGCCAGAGAGGACUGUCAGAGGAGGGGGGCAGACCUCGUGUCGGUCAACUCACAGCAGGAACAAGCCUUCAUUGUCACCCAACUCACGCUUAUCAACUCAACGUCCUACCCUACAUACGGCUACUGGACUGGGGGCUACUACGUGAUGGCGCUAGCAGAGUGGCACUGGGUCGACCUCACCACCACCGCUUCUUUCACGACAUGGGGGCCGGGGCAACCUACCUCCCCCUCCUACCCCUACAGCUACAGAAUAGGCAUGGUGAACCCUAUCAAGUACCCGACAUUCUCCGGUUGGGCCUGGCAAAACUAUAUCUCUUCCACUGCAAUGGGAUUUAUUUGUGAACGUAGUUUCAUUUGAAGUCUCCAUAUGACAAGUGCUGAAAUUGUGUGGAUAAACAGGGAUGUGUUAAAAUGGCGAUAUUGUUGAAUAAAAUUAAAGUGAUAAA